AAUUUUUUAUUUUUAUUUUUAUUUAUUUAUUAUUAUUAUUUUUUAAACGCUUGAAAAAAUUCAUACCAGUGAAUUGAAUCAAGAAACAAAUCAACUUUACCACACAAUGAUUUUCUAAACUUCAAAAAAUAGAAAAUAUAAAUAAGAAAUUAGCAACACAUAAACACAAACUUUACCGAGCAAUAAGCUGCUAGUGAAGAUUUUUUUUCAUUACUCCUAUCAAUCUCAAACGAAACCUAGCCCUCACUCUCUUGAAUCCAUCAACGAAACCCUAACCUCAAUCACAGAGGAUGAUUGUUUGGAGCUUCGUCUUUUGCAAGUUUCACCUUCAGAGGAAAACCGCCCAGAAGUUAUUUCUUCAAGCAUAGAGGAUAAGCCCUAACCCUCUCUAACCCAGUGCAAGAAUUCUCUGAAGAAAUAUAGCAACAAUGGGAAAUCGCAAGGCAAAUCGCAAGAACAAAGUAAAAAAAUGUAUUCCAGACCGUAUCCUAGCUUUCAAAAGAGAGAAAAUGGCAAACCGCAAAAACGAAGUAGAAGAAGACCUUUUUGAUCGUCUUCCAGACCAUGUCCUAGAUUGCAUCCUCAGCAAAGUGGUGGAUGGCAAGUCACUAGUCCGUUGUCUCACCGUCUCCAAGCGAUUCGCUUCCCUCCUUUCCCAUAUCAAUUCGGCCACACUUGAAAUUCAGGAUAUUGAUGACAUGACGGCCGUUGGUGGGUUCGUUAGGAGAUUCAAUACAAUAAAAUCUCUACAUCUAAAGGUUCCCUCUCUCUGUUUCUGCCGCAACAGUCCUGAAGGAUGUGUAUUCAAGUGGAAGGUCGAGUAUGGCCUCAAAUUUAACUACUUGGUUUUUCUCGCUUUUGAAGAAGAAGUAGAAGUACCACCGAUAGACAGGGGAUAUAGGGUACGUGUGUUAUUUCAUACUACCAUGGCCAUCGGGAAACUUUUUCACUUGGAAGAUGUAAUGAAUACUCGAACUUUUCGGAAGAAAAAAAUAUCAUCAUCUGUGUGGUACCAAGAUUGGGACCAUAGUUAUUACAGAUUUGAAAGAAAUAGGGAAAAUAGUAUUUCACAGACAAAGCUUUAUAGACACAAUAUGAAGUUGUGGUCCGUGCCUCAAUUAAGUUUACCUUCAUCCGGGUAUGAGAUGAAAGACGCGACUCUUGGGAGGAUCAGACGCUGCCAAAGGGAAAAGGAAUGAUGACUGCGAAGAUGAAGUUGAAGAUGAAGAUGAUGAUGACUGCAUAAGCCAGAAUACUGACGAUGACUGCAAAAGCGAUGAUGACUGCAAUGGUGAUGAUAUUUUUUUUCAGGACGAAGAAGAUAAGGUUUAUAGAGAAGCAGCGGCAGUGAUUUUGAAGAACAAAAGUACGAGUCGGGGAGAGUUCCUGGAUUGGUCUCGCGGUAGAUGGUUCUGAUUGUAGCAAUUCUGUUUUUGGGUUUUUUUGGAUCUAUCCGGUUUGUUGCAAUGUUGGGGGUUUAGUGUUUGGCGAAUUUUCUUCUGGUUAUUCCAAUGGAUUUCUUUACCCAGUAUUGAUGUAUUGUUUAAUUAUUGAUGUUUGGCGAAUUUUCGAAGUUGGUUAUUCUAAUGCAUUUAUUUACUCA